AGAAGAAGAGUGAAAGGAAGAGUACAAGAGAAGAGUCUUCGUCAGUCGGUGGAGUUUGUUUACUUCAUUUACACUUUCCUUCUGCUGCGGAUCCGAAUCGAAAAAAUGAAUCGUCAUCACGAUCCCAAUCCUUUCGAUGAAGAAGAAGACGAGAUCGUCAAUCCCUUCUCGAAAGGAGGUGGCGGCGGUGGAAGGCCUGUGGCAUCUAGGCCGUUUAACGUUGAUGCUACCGUCGAUAUUCCAUUAGAUACGGUGAAUGACUCUUCAAAGAAACAGAGAGAGCUUUCUGAUUGGGAAUCUGAGCUUAAGAAGAGAGAAAUGGAUAUUAAAAGAAGAGAAGAUGCUGUUGCUAAAUCUGGCGUGAAGACAAGCAAUAAAAACUGGCCACCCUUUUUCCCUAUUAUACACCACGACAUUGCUAAUGAGAUACCAGUCCAUGCUCAGAAACUCCAAUAUCUGGCUUUUGCUAGUUGGUUGGGUAUAGUUUUGUGUCUCGUAUUCAAUGUCAUUGCAGUGAUAGUCUGCUGGAUUAAAGGCGGAGGUGUCAAAAUCUUUUUUCUUGCCACGAUCUAUGCGCUGCUUGGAUGUCCAAUUUCAUAUCUAUUAUGGUAUAGGCCUCUCUACCGAGCUAUGAGGACUGACAGCGCUCUGAAGUUCGGUUGGUUUUUCUUCUUCUACCUGAUUCACAUUGGCUUCUGCAUAUUUGCCGCCAUUGCUCCUCCGAUCUUUUUCCGCGGCUUGUCAUUAACGGGUGUGCUGGCAGCAAUUGAUGUAAUCAGAGCCAGUUUACUAGCCGGGAUCUUCUACUUUGUCGGCUUCGGUCUGUUCUGCUUGGAGGCGCUUCUCAGUGUGUGGGUUCUCCAGAAAAUAUACAUCUACUUCAGGGGAAACAAGUAAACAAUGCAUAUACACUAGAGCAAAAGGCCAUACUUCUCCAACGAUACCGCUCUCUUAGAAGGUUUGAGUAUAGUACUAUACUAUCUUGCUACUAAUGUAAUUACCAUUUGUGCACUUGUCUGGGAUAAUACUCUGUUGUGAUGUGUUUGUAUUUUGUUUUAUUGUGUGGUGCUGUCUUCGUUUAGUAGUUUGCAGUGGCAAAAUAAAUACUCUAUGUUCUGUUA